AUGUCUCAGCGCCCGGGCACGCAUGUGCCUGCCGUGCGUGCUGAAACUGAGAAGUCGCUCGGUAUUACACAGCGCUCGGCCGCCAUUAACUUCGCCUGGACUGGCGACAUUCGCAAACGGUACACCGAUUUCCUAGUCAAUGAGAUUCGCAAGGAUGGCACUGUCCUCCACCUUCGCGAUUUCGAGGAAGAGGAUAUUCCUCUAACGACCGUAGUUGAACGCAAGCCCUCUGCUGCCAGUCUCAAGCCCGACAACAAGCCGAAGGUCCAGCACGUCUCUGAGGAUGACCGUCGAGCUUUGGUCGCCAUGCUCGGCGGGCCUGUCACCCAGAAGCUGAUCGAGCUUGAUGAGAAAAUCCAAGCCAAAGAAACUCUGACUCCAAAGGAGCGCUUCGUCGUGUUUGACGCCAUCACCGAUAGAGCCAAGCGGGGCACCAUUCACCAGGAAAUUCGCCGUAUCUUCCGCUCCCGCUUUGACACUGUUGCGGAUGCGACAGGCGUCAUCACCGCUACCGCCGCCAAAUGGGCUGUCAACAGCCGGGCCGCCAGCCAGAACUGGGCUCCCCGCCGUGACAAUAGCCGCCGUGACCAAGCCCGCGAGUUUGGCGAACUCGGUGGUGAAUACCUUCACUUCACUCUCUACAAGGAGAAUAAAGACACCAUGGACGCAGUCAACACUAUCGCCCGCCUUCUCAAGAUCAAGGCGUCCAAUUUCGGCUUUGCUGGUACCAAGGAUCGUCGUGCCGGCACUGUCCAGCGCAUCAGCGUCUACCGCCAAAAGGCCUCCAAUCUCAUCUGGCUGAACACUCGGAUCCCCAAUGUCAAGGUGGGGGACUUCGAGUACUCCAAGGAGCCUCUUCAGCUGGGCCAGCAUGGUGGCAACGAGUUCGUCAUUACGCUCAAGAACUGCCAGCCCCUGGGCGGCGACAACUGCUCCCUUCCCCAACGCAUGAAGAUGAUCCAGCAGGCUGUUGAGUGUGGCCUCGCCUAUCUCAAGCACAACGGCUACAUCAACUACUACGGUCUGCAGCGCUUCGGGACCUACACCAUUGGUACCCACCUGCUCGGCAUGAAGAUUCUGAAGGGUGAUUACGAGGGCUUCAUCGAAGACAUUUUGCACGUCGAUGAUGACUUGCUCAAGGAGGUCUUGAGCAACGCUCCUCACCACUACGGGCCAGGCAAGGACUUCCAGAACAGCCGGGACGACCACAACCGUGCCCGUGGCAUCACCACGUGGAAGGCGACCAAGAAUGCGGGGAAGGCUCUCGAGUUCCUCCCCAAGCGUUUCAGCUCAGAGACUGCCAUCAUUCGCCAUCUGGGUAAGAACCCGAAGGACUUUACUGGAGCCGUUCUGAGCAUUACCCGUGGAAUGCGCAUGAUGUACGUCCACGCCUACCAGUCGUACGUCUGGAACUUUGUCGCCACUCGUCGUUGGUCCAAGUACGGAGCCAAGGUCAUCGAGGGCGACCUUGUCCUGGUCACGGGCACUCGCCGUCGUGACAAGUCUGACGAUGACGAAUUCAACCCUUACGAUGAUAACGACGAUGACAACAUCUACGCUCAAGCCCACGCCGUGACGGCCGCCGAGGUCGCCACCGGCAAGUACACCAUCUUUGACGUCGUCUUGCCCACUCCCGGUUAUGAUGUUUCGUAUCCCCGGAACGAGAUCGGCGAAUAUUACGUCGAGUUCAUGGGCAAGCCCGAGAACGGUGCCCUGAACCCCUUUGACAUGCGCCGCAAGCAGCGCGAAUUCAGCCUCAGCGGCAACUAUCGCCCCCUCAUCGGCCGUUUGAUUGGCGACCCCCAGUACGCCGUCCGGGCGUAUCGCGAUGACACAGAGCAGAUGUACCCCACUGACCUCGACCAUGCUCUCCACAAGAAGAACGCCGAGAAGCUCGCAAAAGCUGUGGCUCAUCCGGGGGCCCAUCCCGCCGUCAACCCGCUUGUCAACCGCUGGGCUCAUUUCUCUCAGAACGCUGCUACAUAUGAUGACGCCAUGGCUGCCGAACGCCGCCGCAAGGCUGAUGAAGAGCCGCCUUCGGACGCUGUCAUGGUCACCAACGAGACUUGGGUCCAGACUGGGGCCGACAGCAGUGCCAAGCGUGUUAAGCUCGCGCGCCACCACCAGCAGAUCGAGAACCCGCCGAACGGCCUGCCUUGUGGUGACGCGUCUGCCACCAUUCCGACCCUGAAGGUUAAGGAGCCUGAGGAGGAUGCAAGCCACCCGCGUUUCCCCGUCGGCAACGGCGCCCCGUUGACCCAAGACAAGGGGGACGCCUCCCCUCCGCACAUCUUUACGGAUGGUCCUUUCCCCAUGAUUCCUCUUCCUAAGGGUGCCAUUCCCACCUCUGGAGUCCGCGGCGUCUCAGACAGCUACUAUGCCGAGACUGGCAAGAUUCCCUACUUUGGGCCGCUCCCUCCCGGUUUCACGAUGCAAACGAAUGCCGGCGGUGAUGCCUCUCAGGGCCAGGAGCCGGGUCAGCACCAGGAGAUCAAGGUCGAAUCGUCCGGCGUGUUGAAUCCGAUUGAGGCUUCCAAUCUCGCUACCAACACCUUCGAGAACCGGGGUGACAGCUCCAUGCCCGAUGUUGCCUCCAAGCAAGUCAAAUCCCUGGCUGCGGAUUCGAUGAAUUGGUAUGACGCGAACCCGCUCAAUGGCUCCAUGAACACUGCAGCCGGCCAGAGCAAUGACGAGAGCAUGGCCCUCGUCAAGGUUGAGGAGCCGAGCAAUGCCGACCCUGACACCGAAGUGAUUAACGGCGUCACUUUGCCCAAACUCCGCACCGCAUCGGAUAACCCCUUCUCUGUCCUCGGCGCUGGCAUUGACGAGGGCAGCAUUGACCCUAAUGCCGACAAGAUUGCUGUGAUCCUCAAGUUUCAGCUGAAAGCCAGCAACUAUGCCACCAUCGUGCUCCGCGAGCUCAUGGGCACGACUAUCGAGGGGACUCCCCUUUAA